UGAUCUUCCAUGACACCAGGUUCGACUUUCAUGAUUGUUCUGUGGAUGAUCACCCCAGAAUCGAAAUGGGGGACCAGUCACUGCCACCAGUGAACAAAGACCGGUUUUCAUGGACGAGAACAGCAGUUGAGAGGACAGGUGAAAAAGGCACCGACGGAGGACGGAGUACCGGUGUUGUAGCCGAACUGAACAGCUUGCUUUUCGGCAUUGGGCUCCAGGUGUGCCCAUUUUCAGUAUGCGAAGCAUACCGGGCAGAGAUGUAUGAUGCACUUAAAGCGAGGAUUAGCUCCUCAAAGAUGGUGGCUGAUCCUUUUGCUGCCCUUGUCCGCAGAGACCAAGUCGUCGCGGGCAGUGGCACCGCGGAAGCUGGAGGCCCAAUACCUGGAUAUCGAGGGAACGCCUGACAUGUCCCUCUUCAACGAUGAGGCGCAGAUCGCGCGAUCUAUGGCGCAGACACUGAGUGUGAUCAAGGAAGAUAUCACUCCCGCCCACUUGCUGUCCAUGCUCCGACUCAAUUUGAGGCAGUCCCAGGCGGUCUUCGGUUCGUGUAUUGCAUUCGAGCCGGACAGUUACCCCUGGCGCAAUGGCUCGAACGGCUCCGUGAAGCCGGACGCCUGGGACCUCCGCUGGGGCGUGCCCUCGGGCAACGCGAACGGCAGCGUGUGGACCAAUGCCUCGGAUCCUUGGACGCUCCCGACGCAUGAGGUCUGGCCGGGCGAGCACCGAGUCCUCUAUGCGCCCUAUGUGGCGCGCGGGAACAUCAAGAUGGACUUGUCCAAUGGUUACAACUACUAUGCGCCGGAUGUGGAGUGGUAUCAUGCAGCGCGGACAAAGUACUUGACUGGAGAGCUUCCCUUUCUGGAAGGGAUUUGGGGAUCGCCUUACUUCGAUGAAGGUGCUGGAAAUAUCCGAAUGGUGACGUUUUCGGUCCCCUUCACGCGUGAGAGCCCGGUGCCCUCCUUCAGUGCUCCGGAGCACAUGGAGAAGCCGCACGGCUUGCCACCCAACCUUCCACGCCAGACAACACGGAACGGGGAACGCUAUUUCUGGGGCAUUGCCACGGUGGAUAUUGAUUUGUCCAUUAUCCGCUUCCGCUGCGGCGCUGGAGAAGUGUGGAACCCGGAUGAAGGCACGUGCGAACUCUGUCCCGCUGGCACGAGAUUGUUCGCCAUGGAGGCUCAGGGUACCAACUUCUCCUGCAAGGAGUGCGAGGAGUACGAGUACUCCACGGACGACCGGAGUGAUUGCAAGUUGAAUCUGAACUAUUUGCUCUACGCUGCCAGCUUCCACUUGUGGCUGGCCUUGAUGGUCCUACCUUUGGGUUUGAAACUACAACGCCGCUUCUACCUACUCAAGGCCACCCACGAGAAUGAAGGGGGUCUUGUACUUCAUCUCUGCAACAAACAUGGUAUCCAUGUGAGUGCCAACCGGAAGAGCCAGAUCGAAGCCUGGAUCCGGAACUCGGGGCAUGUGACACUGGAUCAACCCGAGAGGGUCCUGCAGUUCAAAGUCUUUCAUGAAGACUCUAUUCAGAUCGUCUGUGAUGAGCCGGAAAAAAGUGCUGAGAUCAAGAAGAUCAAGGAGUUCACCAAGAUCGGCGGCUACGUGUGCUUCGGACUCGGCUGGGAGUUACUUCACAUCACCAUGUGCCGCGUACCGAUUGUGACGUGGCUCCUCGUCCCCUUGGCGCUCGCCGUGGGCACCCUGCUCCUGUGGAUCAUGGCGGGUCUGGGCGUUUUCAUGGGCUUGUCUUCCACCCUGGCGGCGCUGGCGCUCUGGGUGAUGAUCAUCGUGGCGUCCAGGAUCUUUUGGAUGCGCUCAGCGAGACAUAAGCAGGUGAAGCGCAAGAUGCUCCUGAACGAAGAGGCGUUAGUGGAGAAACUGGCGCAAUCUUGCUGGGAGGCCGACCAGCAGAUGGAGCAUGAGGCGCGUCAGGAGUUGACGAAGCAUGGCUGGACAGAGUCCGACUUCGAGGAGUUGACGAACAAUAUGCUAAAGCGCCAAAGUCAGGAAGCCGGAGUGAGCAUCAGCUACUUACUCUCAAGUGCCUUCAAGAACUUGGCCUGUGCACGCAGCAAGACGGAGAAUCCGAGCUUCUACGUCCUGAAGGAUGCCUUCUUCUACGGUGACGAUCCCAUUGGAAAGAACAUCCAGUGCCCGCGGGACGGACGCCUGGGCUGUGCAUUGGUGGACACCUUGGCUAGACCCUACCGCAGGCCAUGCACCCACUAUUUGUCGUGGACCUGGAAAUAUACCAUACACUUGGUGCAAGAUGCGCUGUCAUGCUGGUUGCAAGAGAUGUGCCUGGAGUCGGAUGGGGUCUUCUUGUACAUGUGCUUCUUUGUGAACAAUCAGUACCGGAUCCUCUUUGAGAAGGAUGGUGUGGGUAGUUCGAACCUGGAGCACGUCUUUGAAGAUACCUUGACGCGCAUUGGUCGGAUGGUGGCUAUCUUAGAUGAUUGGUACGAUCCAACGUAUCUCACGCGGAUCUGGACAAUUUUCGAGCAGUUCACAGCCAUCAAGCUAGGCAACAUCACCGUCACGAUGGUUCUUCCUCGUGGGAAGAAUCAAAGCUUAAUCGAACAGAUCAGAGAAGGCGAAGAUGGUAUCCGCCACGUGACACAGUCCUUGUGCAAGUUCCAGUCUCGGCAUGCGACGGCCUUCUCGAAGGAAGACGAGGAGAACGUGAAGGCCUUGAUCAAAGCCACGAUCGGCUUCCGAGAGGUGGAUCACAAGAUCGAGCAGUUCAUGCUGAACUGGGUUGGGAAUGUGGUACAGGAGUAUAUGAAGACGCUGAUGGUUCAUGUGGGAGGCGAGAAUGACAACGCUUCUCAUACAAACCAGCUGAUUCUACAGGCGAUCCGGGAUUCCGAUCCAGUACCAGCUGAACAUUCCUACGAUGUCAAUCAGCACAUUACUCUGGAUGCCAUCACAGUCUAAGUGCUGGGCCAAUGAUCAUGGACCUGAUAAAGUUCCAGAGGGAGAAGCAAGAAGUCAGGCACAGACGUGAACAGAGGCGCUGUGAAACAGCCAUGUUUGUUCGAGUUGCGCAUUGGCUUUACGAAAAUAGCCUUUGCAGUUUUCGCUUCCAGUUGAUGCCAGUAUUGCUUGGCAUCGUUCCACACAGGUUUGUUCAAGUCAACUACACGAGCUCAACCUCAACAUGAAAUCAUGUUUUGAGGUUGGGUUGUGCACAGCGACAGACCCGAUCGAAUUUUGCACAGUGCAUGCCAGA